GCGCAGGCCUGCCGUCGCAAUUCUUAGAGUCCUUGGCAGACACAGUGGCCGGCUGGACACGAUCGAUGCCCACCUCCACCUCCCACCGCUUUUCCUUGCCCUCCUCGCCGGUGUGGUCGCCAGUCAGCUACCCUGCUGCGCUGGAGGAUGAUGUUCUCAAGCAGCGCGAUGCUCGCGAGGCGGACGUGGCCUUCCUCACGGAGUGCUGUGCCAGCCUCAUGGAGAUGGGACAGGAGACGGGCGGCGAGGGGGCAGAUGCCGCCACUUUGGUGCAGAGCGCGAGCGCCUGGGGCGUGGACUACGGGGCCCUGGGAUGCUCGCUGGUUCUGCUCCACGGCGACGAUGAUGCCACCGUGCCAGUAGAGUGUGUGGAGUGGCUUCAGGGCCAGAUCCCCAAGACGCUGGUGCAUCGCAUCCCCGGGGCCGAACAUGGCGAAACCAUGCUCCUGGGCAUUUCCGCUGCAAUGCGAUUGCUGCUUCCGCCGCGCCGGGCAAGCCGCAAAGACGAGGAGGUGAUUGCGUUGUAGCCGAUCGCUAUUGUGCAAGUUUCGCUGCCGGCAACUUGCCACCGCAGAUAAUAAACACAUUCCUGGGCUCAGGUUUGGCGGAUGAUAGUUCAGG